AGCAAUCUGAAAUCCGAAUACACCACACUUGGUUCAUAAAAUUCUAAUCCAAUCAUAUUCCUACGUUCAUGAUCCACAGGCCAACCAGGCCCACCCAACUUUACCACUGGGCUCACAUUUUUUUUCAAGUUUCAACCUCAGCUGCCUCCACGCGCAUUUUAGUGGCAACCUUUCUCUACUAUAUUCUUCUUCACCGGGCGGAAGCGCAAGUUAGUCGAUCCCUUUAAACCAAGCUUAAACUGCCAAACGUGACAGCUUAUAACUGAAAAUGAAAAUCAUACAUACUUUCCUGUAAUACCUGGAAUACCCCUACGAUCUGGUUCCCUAUUCAAAAUCCCAAAUUCAUCUUGGAUCACCCUCUUGUCUCUCUCUCUCUCUCUCUCUCUCUGGCACCUCAUUUCUGUGGAGUGUUGUGUGUCACAGAGAGAGGGGAUCUUUGUUCUUGGUGCUUCUUCCUCUCCUCUCGUUGUUUCUCAUGGAGCUUCAAGGUCCCUCAGAUCAGUGCCAUCCCGAGAGGAAAGGCCAGAAGAGGAAGCUCGAGGACGAGUUCGAAGAAGACCACCACCAGAUCUCCACUCCUCCUACCGGCGACGCCCGCGACGCCAUCCUUGCCGACGUCCAGGAGCAGGUUUCCAUCCUCAACUCUACUUUCUCAUGGAAGGAGUCAGAUCGAGCCGCCGCCAAGCGCGCCACUCACGCGCUCGCCGAUCUUGCCAAAAACGAGGAAGUGGUAAACGUGAUUGUUGAAGGAGGAGCUAUUCCGGCUUUGGUUCAGCACCUCCAAGCUCCCCUCGUGACGGAAGAAGACCUCGUUCAGAAGCUGUUGCCGUUUGAGCAUGAGGUCGAGAAAGGGAGUGCUUUUGCACUUGGACUUCUUGCCGUCAAGCCUGAACAUCAACAGCUCAUUGUUGACAAUGGUGCCUUAAAACACCUUGUUGAUCUACUGAAGAGGCAUAAGAAUGGUUUAACAUCUCGUGCCAUUAAUAGUCUCAUUCGUAGGGCUGCAGACGCUAUCACUAAUCUUGCUCAUGAGAACAGCUGCAUUAAAACCCGAGUCAGGAUGGAAGGUGGAAUUCCGCCUCUUGUUCAUUUGCUUGAAUUUGCAGAUACAAAGGUGCAGAGAGCAGCUGCUGGUGCAUUGCGAACCCUUGCUUUUAAAAAUGAUGAAAAUAAAAAUCAGAUUGUUGAAUGCAAUGCUCUACCAACUCUGAUUCUAAUGCUUCGUGCUGAAGAUGCAGCUAUUCAUUAUGAAGCGGUUGGUGUGAUUGGAAAUCUGGUCCAUUCCUCCCCCAAUAUCAAGAAAGAAGUUCUUCUUGCUGGGGCUUUGCAACCUGUUAUUGGAUUGCUUAGUUCUUGUUGCUCCGAGAGUCAGAGGGAAGCUGCCUUGUUGCUUGGACAGUUUGCUGCAACUGAUUCAGAUUGCAAGGUACACAUUGUACAGAGGGGUGCUGUUCGACCUCUGAUAGAGAUGCUCCAUUCCCCUGAUGUGCAGCUCAGAGAAAUGUCUGCUUUUGCAUUGGGGAGAUUGGCCCAGGACACACAUAACCAAGCUGGUAUUGCUCACAACGGUGGCUUAGUCCCUUUGCUGAAGCUCCUUGAUUCGAAGAAUGGGUCUUUGCAACAUAAUGCAGCCUUUGCUCUUUAUGGCCUUGCAGAUAAUGAGGAUAAUGUGUCAGAUUUUAUUAGGGUAGGCGGAAUUCAGAGAUUGCAGGAUGGAGAAUUCAUUGUUCAAGCAACUAAAGAUUGUGUUGCAAAGACAUUGAAAAGAUUGGAAGAGAAGAUACAUGGCCGUGUGUUGAACCAUUUGCUAUAUCUGAUGCGAGUUUCAGAGAAGGCCUUCCAGAGAAGAGUGGCUUUGGCUCUUGCUCAUCUUUGUGCAGCAGAGGAUCAGAAAAAAAUAUUUAUCGAUCACCAUGGUCUUGAGUUGCUUAUUGGGCUGCUUGGUUCAUCCAGCCCUAAGCAGCAACUAGAGGGGGCUGUUGCUUUGUUUAAGGUGGCUAACAAAGCUAUGACUCUGUCUCCUGUCGAUGCCGCUCCUCCUUCUCCAACACCCCAGGUCUAUUUAGGAGAGCAAUAUGUCAACAAUUCUACCUUGUCCGAUGUAACAUUUUUGGUUGAAGGCAAACGGUUUUUUGCUCACAGAAUCUGCCUGCUUGCAUCUUCAGAUGCAUUUCGUGCAAUGUUUGAUGGUGGUUACAGGGAGAAGGAUGCAAGAGACAUUGAGAUUCCAAAUAUUAGAUGGGAGGUCUUUGAACUGAUGAUGAGAUUUAUAUAUACUGGGUCAGUUGAUGUCACUCUUGAUAUUGCCCAAGAUCUACUUCGAGCGGCUGAUCAGUAUCUUUUAGAGGGACUUAAGAGACAUUGUGAAUACACCAUUGCACAGGAUAUAUCACUAGAGAACGUGUCAAGUAUGUACGAACUUUCAGAAGCUUUUAAUGCUAUAUCAUUAAGGCACGCAUGCAUCCUUUUUAUCCUGGAGCAAUUUGAUAAACUGAGUGCAAGGCCAGGGUAUCUACCUAACUCCUUCCAAUCCUUUGCUCUCUUUUUUUUCCCCCCUAGACACACACUUCUGAUUCAGCGGAUAACUCCAGAGAUCCGGAAUUACUUUGUUAAAGCUCUUACCAAGGCCAAUUCCAACACCCAGCUGUAGUAUGUGUUGUUCUACUAUUGACAUCUAACCGAUUGUAAUGUACAGAAUGUGGUAGAUGUUCUUCUUUUCGUUGAAACCAGCAAAAGAGGUCUCCCAUUUUCGUUGCAGCAUUGCUUAGAGAAAUAUCUAACACGGCCAUGCAUGUUCGUUUCUGAUGUAGUGUAAGUCCCUGUUGGUUGUAACGUCAUUGUUAUAGAUGUAGCAGAUAUGACCUUCACGAACAUUGUUUUUUCUCAUGCAAUAUUGUGAUGGUUAUGGCUUCAUAGUUCUCUUUCCCGAUUGAUUUUGCAUUACGAUUGUUAUGAUUGUAGGUUUGCCCAAGCACUUGAUGUAUAUAUAGCAUUUAGUUAGUUGUCUGCAAGAGGUUGUCUGGGUGGAUAAUUUACAUCGUACGAAGUCAUUAAAUCUUGUCUUCGUACUUGGAUAUGUUGUAUAUGUUGCAAAUACUGUUAGAAGAUAGACUGAGAGAGAGAGAGAGAGAAAAGAUUAAUUGCUUGGAAUGGAAGCAACAAGCUUAGCUUUGAUCA